AUGUCUGACGAUGACUUUUCCUGGUACUGGCCUUUCUCUGUGCCGGACAUUCAGGAAUCAACCCGGCCGUUCAUGCCGGAACAGACUCUAUGCAUUAGCUGCGACACCCGCCGCGCCCGCGUCUGUGCUUUUCAAGCAGGCAAAGAGAACGACGCCUCUCUCUAUAAUGAUGAAAACAAAAUAGGGGUCCUGCGAUUGCACCACAAGGAUCAACUUGAAAGCUUUCCCUCGCUGGAUGCCGGCUGGGCUGCUGCCAAGGAGGUCGAGUUGAUGGCUAUCUGCCGCGUGCGGAACUACGAAAGGACCUUUGAUGAUAUCCGCCCAAUUGCGGCCACAGAGGAGUAUGUUGUGCUGUGGGUGGAGUGGAUCGACGGGGUUGCGUACCGCCUCGCUAGCGGACAUGCCGACAAGGCGGCGUGGGAGGGGCUGCCUCUAGAGGAUGUAUCUUUGAUUCUGGGGUGA